CGGCACGAGACCUACGUGGCUGGAUCACGGGCCUUUGUGCUGGAAAUCGAUUUUGCGGCCUACUCCUACAACAUCCUUUGCAUCUCUCGAGCAUUUCACUAAGCGUUUCUGCUUUGCAUCGAAUACCUAUCAUUAAAUCAUAAUACUGCCAUCAUGAUGGCGUCUUUCUACUCACGUCUGGCGAACGUGAAUAAACACAACCUACGAACACUACGAGCACAACCUCUCAACGAACUUUCGGGAGCUCUGGGAGAUUUGGGCACUCUACUUCCUCUGCUUAUUGCUCUCACCUUGACGGACAGCAUAUCGCUAUCUGCUACUUUGGUCUUCUCUGGAAUCGCGAAUAUAGCAACUGGAGCCGCAUUUGGUAUACCGCUUCCUGUGCAACCUAUGAAAGCCAUCGCGGCUAUCGCCAUCAGCCAGUCGUAUACGAAGACCGAGAAUAUUUCUGCAGGCCUGUUUGUAGGAGGUGUCGUGACACUCUUGAGUCUCUCAGGUCUGUUGAAGUGGUUCGGCCGGGUAGUACCCAUACCGGUUGUCAGAGGUAUCCAGAUGGGAGCUGGUCUCGCUCUGGUCAUCUCAGCAGGUGGAGGUCUGCUAAAGCCGCUCGGAUGGAUUAGUCCGAGCUGGUCAGACAACUGGCUGUGGGCGAUGGCUGCAUUUGUCUUUCUCCUCUUAUCAUCCUUGGUUUCUCGAGUGCCUUAUGCUCUGCUUGUCUUUCUUCUCGGCCUCACGCUUGGAGGCAUUCAGCUCGCAAGUUCGCACUCACCACAAGAACGUUCUGGUUUCCACACCUGGCACCCGCGCACCUACAUACCGUCGCCUUCGGACUUCUACAAAGGCGCCUUUGAAGCUGGUCUCCCGCAAUUACCUCUCACGACAUUGAAUAGCAUUUUGGCUGUCACAUCACUCUCAGCAUCACUAUUCCCUUCUUACCCUCCCACACCAUCCAACACUGAGAUCGGUCUAUCAGUUGGCAUCGCGAACCUUGUUGGUUGCUGGUUCGGCGCCAUGCCCGUAUGUCACGGUAGCGGAGGUCUAGCAGGCCAAUACAGAUUCGGUGCCCGCAGCGGCGCCAGCAUAAUAAUCCUCGGCCUAGUAAAGCUCAUCCUUGGCCUCACAGCUGGAGAAUCCAUCAUCCCUCUCCUCCAACGCUUUCCAAAAAGCUUACUCGGAGUCAUGGUCCUAGCAGCCGGUGUCGAACUAGCAAAAGUAGGACAAUCCCUCGAUGAUGUGCGAGAUCUGUGGGAAGAGACGGAACAGGAGAAUGAGGAUGCUGCAGAUAAGAGACGCAAGCUCAAUGAGCAGGAGAAAAGGAAUCGCUGGGCGGUCAUGCUGGUCACAGUGGCAGGUUGUUUGGCGUUCAAGAACGAUGCUGUUGGUUUCAUUGCUGGUAUGGUUUGGCAUUGGGGACUCAAGGCUUCAGAGUGGGUUCAGCAGAGACAGGAGAGAGGCCAAAGACGACUGACGCGAUUCUUUACUACACGCGAGUACCAGGAAGGUGAAGAUGCACCUCUCUUGCAAAGUCGUGAUGCAGUUGAGGGUCGGAUUGCAUAGUUUACUGAGCAUUGAGAAUAGCUUAUGACUGCCGAGCAUCGGAAACAGCCUAUGACUGAAGAGUAUAAAUCAAACUAUCGGAGUAUUCAAGGAGAUCAAGCAAC